AUGAGCGCCGCCACCCUGGACUGCCUGGACUCGCUGUCGUGCUACAGGAGCUGGUCCUCCCUGGAGCCCGCCAAUUUCUACGACGCCAAGGCGGGCGGCGCGCUGAGUCCUUCGUGCAAAGCGGGCGGCAUGAGCGCCAGCGCCGAGGAGGUCUCGUCAGCAGCGCCCGGCGGCGGCGGCGGAGGCAGCCGCGACCUGGCCGAGCUGAGCGCCGCCGCGCCGGCCAUGUACGAGGACGAGAGCGCCAUCGACUUUAGCUCCUACAUCGACUCGAUGGCGGCCGUGCCCAACUUGGAGCUGUGCAACGACGAGCUGUUCGCCGACCUCUUCAACAGCAACCACAAGGGCAGCGAGCGCGGAGGAAGCAGCGGCGCCUACGGGGACUACCUGCCGCCGCCUCCUCCUCCUCCGGCUCAGCACGCGCCCGCGGGCGGCGCCUUGGCCAGCCUGCUGCACGCCAGCGUCCCGCCGGGCCCGCUGCGCGGCGCCGUCAAGCAGGAGCCCGACUGGGGCGAUGAGGCGUCGGGCUCGGGCUCGCUGCUGCCCUCUCAGAUCGCCACCUGCGCCCAGACCAUCGUCAACCUGAGCGGGCAGCCCACGCCGCCCACCUCCCCGGAGCCUCCGGGCAGCGCCUCGCCGUCCAGCUACAGCAGCCGCUCGUCCGGGUCGUCGUCGUCGGGCGGCGGCAAAGAGCGCGCCGCCAAGAAGUGCGUGGACAGGUUCAGCCCGGAGUACCGUCAGCGGCGGGAGCGCAACAACAUCGCCGUGCGCAAGAGCCGCGACAAGGCCAAGCGCCGCAACCAGGAGAUGCAGCAGAAGGUGGUGGAGCUGUCGGCCGAGAACGAGCGGCUGCACAAGAAGUGCGAGCAGCUCACCAGGGACCUCACCAGCCUCAGGCACUUCUUCAAGCAGCUGCCCAGCAACCCUUUCCUGCAGGCGGCCGCGGCCACGGACUGCCGGUAA